AUGACUGCUACAGACUCUAAACAAACAUCAACGGAGGAGGAGCCCUCUGCACCGAUGGAGGAAAAGGAGCCCAGCAAGACGAACAUCUCCUCCUCAGAUCCUGUCUCCACUGUCUCUUCAUCACCCCUUCUUGUUGUAACCACUAUGGCACCCACUGUCCAAACUGAACCAGUGAUGGAGCCAAAAGCAGUCUCAGUGGCUACUACGGCCAGCACGGCUCUCUCCUCCCCAACUGAAGCCAGCCCGGCCAAACCUGCUGUAACACCAUCCUCAAUUGUUGAUGGGACUGUUGAAACAAGCCCAGAUACCUCACAUAUCGCCUCAGCGUCAGACUCCCUGACAUCCACUGGGACAACCCUCGUCAGUAUAUCGGAAGCACCUUCACAGCCGAUGCCUGUUUCGCCACGUGCGACAUUUGGCAAUAGUGACCAGGAGGAGGAUUUCCCUAAUGUUUUGACCUUCAGAGGAGUUAGUGUCACUCUGGAGAACAACAGUGUGUGGAAGCAGUUCAACCGCUGUGGGACAGAGAUGAUUCUUACCAAACAGGGGCGCCGCAUGUUCCCCUACUGCCGAUAUCGCCUGGCUGGUCUGGAUCCUGACCAGCUGUACAGUCUCGUGCUGUCCAUAGUUCCAUCAGCCCCGUAUAAGUACCGCUGGCACCAGCUCAAUUGGGAGGUCACUGGACAAGCAGAGCACCAGGCUCAGGGUCUGAUCCGUGCCUUUCCUCACCACUACUCACCCUGUCGGGGCUCGGAGUGGAUGGGCAGCUUGGUGUCCUUCUACAAACUCAAACUGACCAAUAACCUCCAAGAUCAAGACGGGCAUAUAAUCCUACACUCCCUGCAGCGCUACAUUCCAAGGAUUCACGUGAUUCCCGUCCCGGAAGGAGACGUAUUCUCUCCCGACAAGCCCGUGGUUAUGGGACCAGAGAGCAUGACCUUUACCUUUCCCCAAACUGAAUUCAUGACUGUGACGACGUAUCAGAACUUUCGAAUCACCCAGCUGAAAAUUAAUCAUAAUCCGUUUGCAAAAGGCUUCAGAGAGGAUGGGAACAACACCCGCCUGCAACGAAUCACACCAGGAGCUCAGCCUGUGGUGAAGUUAGAUAUUCAGCCUACUGUUUUAGUACCUGCUGUGAUAACUGAAAACCUUGGGGAUGUGGAUCAAAGGUGAGUUUUUUCUGUUUUUGUUUUGUCUGUUUGUGAACUUAAAUGUAAUCCUGCACUAUAUUGUAGCUGUAGUGUUCAGCGAUAAUAAGUUCUCAUAUAGCUUACCUCUCAUACAUCAUUUAGAACUCAUUAUUCUCGGUAUUAAACUUGAUUUCUGUUAGGGCACUUGAUCUGGAUAGGGAGAUGUUCAUGCAAACGGUAAAUAGUUGGCAUAGGGAUUUGAAAAUUGAUCUUAAAGGUGGGGUAGGCAGGAUCUGAGGAAGUGCCAGUUUUUGGGAGAAAUCUUGAAUGUAAACACUACCUCUCCCAACCAGUUUUCCCCUCAGCUCCUCCUCUCUCCUUCCUCUCUGCUCCAGCAAGCCCCACCCGUAAACAGACGCUCACGCUCGCUCGUAUCGUUCCAAUUAAAUUCAGAUAUUAUGCAGAUAAACACUCCAGAUGAUUACAAAUGGGGCUAAGUCAACGUGAAAGUAAAAAGCAUUGGUGCUACUGAAGAUGCCAACAGACUACCAGCAAACACAAUGAUUGCAGGACUUCUACAACUAGCAUAAAGUGACAUAGUCCAGGACAAGAAACACUUCUGUUACACUUGGCUUACUUCGUCAAAGCGGGUUACCUGUCCAGCAGAAAGGUUACAGGGUCCGUAAGAUCCCGAAACAUCCCCCAUCAUUGUUGACCCGGCUUCUUAGCUCUUGUCUGGGUGGUUUACCUCUGUUUUAAGUGCCGUUAUUCUGCCAGAGUCUCCGGUAUUUACUUCAUUUUCUUGCUUGUGUCGGUGGUCAUGGCUGAAGGAGUAUUCAGACAAAUUUCUGUACUUUCUGGUUGGUUUCUACUGUCCGAUAUUGUGGCACGCUAACUUUGUUUGGGCUCAUGAACGACAUGGGGGAGCAGCGUCUGCCUCACAACCAAUCAGCACUGAGGAGCAGCAUCCGCCUCACAACUGAUCAGCAUGGGGAAGGUGGGGAAUGGCAUUGUUUAUAGUCAGAAAGAGCGGAGCGCUCUGAAAUUUUAAAAUGUUGACUACAUAGACAUAACAAAACACUGCGAUAUCGUGACAUUACCAAAGGUCAUCAAUAACUAAUAGCUAUUGACUGAUAUUAAAAGCAUUUUUGUACAUACACCACAAAAAAAGAAGCUUCUUUAACAGAUUCCUGCCUACCCCACCUUUAACUGCAUUUGCCACUCUUCUGUAGAGUUGGGUGGUUUAACCAUGUCGAUGUGGUAAAACCUCCCACACAUUUUUCAGGGGUGUAGGGUAUCACCGUGACACUGAAUACAUAAAAAUCCCCUCCGAGGGCUUCAGAAGAGCCACCUAAGUUUUUAGUUUGUAUUGUCAGCAUGCUGUCCACAUUAUAUUAAAACAAUAAAGAAACAACCUCUUCACACCAGUAUUACUUAACAUAUAAUCUACUUUAAAAUAAGGUCGUUCAUAUUCUUUAACUGUCUUUAAAAUCACUUCUUGAAGAAAACGAGAGAAAGAGCAAAAGAACAUGCAGUUACACACAAAAGUGAAGGGCAAAGAAACAAAAACUUCAUUUAGAUGUCUGUGCCGAUGUUACUCAGUUUACCAGGGAAGUGUGUGAACGUCUUUUCAGGCUGAGUCUCUGUUAGAAAAAGGAUGCGGUCUGAGCUCAUGCAUUUGCACACAGAUUUGCAUGGGGUUCUAUUCGUCUUGACCUGGCACUAGAGGGGCUCUAUGGCAUCCCUGCAGCUGCCAGCAGGUGAUUGAUCCUGAGAUGGGCCCGUGAAAUUGAAGCGUUCCCAUCCCUCACUGUGAUCAUCUUUAUGCAAAUCUGCACACAGCCUUGACAGGCUUGCUAGUCCCCCCCGUCAUUUGGUUGGGACUCUUAAUAAUGCCAAAUUGUAUAGGUAUUCAUUUUAACGGACCUUCGCAUGACUCUGGCAUGUCAGUGAACAACAGAGAAACAGAGUGCAUUUUGAUAAAAGACACAAACAUUACAAAGGUAACAACCUGAAGGACAACUUGUAGAGAGUCAUAGCGUCGGAUCUCUCAUAUGACAAUGGUUUGUGUGCUUUAACAGUUUGCUAAAUGUCUUUGUUUUAACUUUCAUCUGUGCUAACGUAAGCUAACGGUUGUUACCAUAGUUUCAGGUGCUUAUCUGGUACUGGCCCCGACUCAGUAUUUGCUAUCAUGACAGAAAGCCAUCUCAAUACUAGUGUCUAAUCAGAACUGAAAACAAUCAGCGACUGUGGUACAGUUUAAGCUCCUGAACCAAGCAGUGAAACUCACCAAGUUCUCUCCUCUUUUUUGUAAUAUUGGAUGCACCCAUGUGCUACGUUUCUUUUUCUUUUGAGAAAGCAAAAAAAGUACCAAUUUGCCAUCACCUGAAAUUGAAGUAGACUCCAUUUUUGUCCUCUCGCUUCCAGCCGGGAUGCUGGUUGUUAAGGGAAGGUCCCGCCUUCCUUCACCUCUGAUUGGCUAGAGGUGCUGACCGUUUGGCUUGAGCGUGUGAGCACGUUUCCAGCUUUUUCUAGCCAAUCAGAGGCAAAGGAGGCGGGACUUUUGCCGGGAAAAGUCUUCCCUGGGAUGCAUCUUUUUCCCCUCGGAAAGUCGCAAAAUCGCGUCGGGCUUGAUGUGUGUAGUCAGGCAUGUCAAAAUUCGCCUCCGAAUAUUUCCUGAUUUCGUGUUCUAAAUUCGUGUCGGCCCCGGUGUGUAAGGACCUUAAGUCAGUCGGCAUUAUGUUGUUUUUACAGUAUUUGGUGCCAAAGUGUGGGCAUCUGCACCUAAAUCAUCAGCAAGGUUUUCAUUGGAGAGCAGAGAUCCCAGUGAGAAAGCAUUGACAUACAUGUGUGAAUGUUGAGGCCGAGACUUUUUAAUGCAUGUGAUGAAUCCAGAUACAGAUCACAUAGUGUAAUAACCAGGUCUAAAUGCUGUGUUACUCUGAUCUUAAAGUCUCUUUGAAAAGUAAUAUUAGCUCUAUAAAGGAUGUUUGGAUUGAAAUAUGACUGAGUUUGAAACUUGUACUUUCAUACCUAAAUCAAAUCUAGAUCCAUGUUUUUAUAACUUCAAUCAUGUCUGAUUCAGAAAAAAAAUUAUAUAAUCCGUCAGUGACUUUGAUGACAGCUCACAUCAGCUAUCAUGUGCGUAUUUAGAGGGGCCUGUCAAGAUGACUGUGUUAUCUGAUGUAGGAUUAAUGGUGAGGAGGCAUUUGUAAGCAUACCGCAUGGUCAUGAACUUAAACCCAAGAGACGGCUCAUAAUUUAACCUCUAGAGUGAGCCUUUAAAACCCCGCGCCGCAUGCUGUUUCAUCUUCAGUAAUGAGAUGAUCACAGAUUCAGUGUUUUCAGCUGUCGGUAAGCUUUAUUAUGUUUUCCUGUCUUACAGCACAAAGAAUGAAACCACCCCUCCGUCUGCUCCGGUAGAGCAAGAAACCAGACUGAUCCUGAAGCCCAUAAUGUCUACCUCUGCCAAUAAGGGUGAUCCAUAUGUCCCCUGUAUAAGAGGAAAUCAUGCCCUCGGGGAGCUUGUGCUCGUUCAAAAGCAUCCACCUGCGGAAGCUGAGGACCAAUUGAAUGCUGUCACUGUAACCCAAAAGAAACAAAGAGGCUACAGGUUUUCCUGCAAAGCAAAAUCCAGGCCUCCCUCUUACAAAACUUCAACGCGGGGGUCAUCACUCGGGUACCACAAGAGGAGGAAAAGGAAGAUCAACAGGCGCUGGGCAAAUUCCCAGGGAAAAUUGUGGAAGGCUGCAGCUGCCUCCCCCACAGUCGUCCACAGUCCGUCAUUAACCGUCGCUAUGCAACCAGAGCUGGAUGAUGUAGAAGGCCUGCUGUUUGUGUCGUUCACCUCAAAGGUAAAAACCCCUAUACAUUACUGCAUAUCACACUGUUUGUAACAUGGCGUGGCGUCUCCUCCUGAUGUAAUAUAAGUGUGCCGUCUCUUCACUGAAACCACUUUAACUCCUAUAUUGGCGUUUGGGAUUGAAAACAAUCAUUUCAGACGCAAAGUUUCGAGUGUUCUGAAGCUGUGAUAUUUGUCCAUCAUGUGACAGGAAGCUCUUGAGGUUCAUGUUGGGGACAAGCCAGCCAGUUGCCCAUUCUCUGCAUCCUCAGUCACCAAAACAACACCCACGGAGUGUAGGAAAACAGGUAAGCUCUUUAUAUAUUAUCUCUCUGUUCCUGUAGAAACGUUCUUUCAACUCUUUCAGUUUCUUCACAAUGCCUCAGAUUUGCACAAAAUAUAAUGUUUUUAAAUCCUGUAUCGGUUUUCAGGUUUCCUUUUCACGUAAGAGUUUUUAUAACUAAGUAGUGGCCUUGAAUUUAUAAUAUUCCAAUUUGCAGCUCUUUGUCAGGGAUCCUGUCAAAGAGCUAAAAAAUGUUGUAAAUUCUUUUCAUGAAACUGUUUUGUUAAAAGCUGUUUAUUCGUCUGGUACUUUUGGGUUUCUAGAGGGAGGCCCAUGAAUACAGAUAUCUCACUGCUGAAUUAAUAUUAAGCUCCCCUCAACUCUGCAAAAUCUGGCCCAAUGUUUUCAUGCAACAUCAAAAUCGUUGCAUAAUUAAAUCAAACAUGAUGCUGAGUUUACAAAUCUGUUUUGACGAUCCCUCAAGAACAUCGGUCCGACAGUAAUUUCAGGCUUGAGAAGAUUGGCAAGUUAGGAUGUUACACUUGUGCUAAAAAGCCUCUCUGAGGGGAGCUUGCAGCAGGCCUGCACAGAUACUUAUUAACAAGCUUGGCAAGUCAAGGAAAGAUUACCCAGUGUGUUUUCCACCUUGCAAGUGGUUCAUCCUUCUCGUGAGUCGUAGCUUUUACCAGGUAGUUUUUGACUCUGCAGGACCUUGGAGAGUGUGUGAAAAAAACUCCUCAGGGACUUUUUGGCAAGGACAGCAACCUUUGAUACCACUUCAAUGCUGCAGCUUGAUGUCUUAUUGUGUUGCAUCAUUUCUGAGGUUACUUAGGCCUAAACCCAAAAGAUGAAGUCCAUUUUGAACCUUGAGUAGAAGUAAGAUGCCGCAUCCAGCAGCUCCUGACUAGCUUCAUUUUUGUAUUUCUGGUUCAUUUAGUUUGCCCUCUAUGAGGUCUGUAUCCUCCUCUUGCAGUGUUAAAGAGGUGUAGUCGCACAGACUGAUGAUGUCUAUAUCAUCCUUGAUAGCAUUAGAUGUUGCACUGUUUGUGUCCACAGUAGAGCAUGACACAGGAGCGGAUUUUCACCCCUGUCCCGUCACACUCCCAGAGAAAAAAUCCGGUCCCAUCCCAAUCCCGGACCGGAGUAAAAAAAUGAAUCCUGUCCUGUCCCACUCCCGUAGAAUGACUCCCACUCCCGUCCUGCUCCCACUCAAAAUUACUCCCACUCCUGUCCCGCUCUCGUUCCAAUAAAACCAAACAUGUUGAAAAAACGUUGCAUUUUUUAUUUUUCUUGAAUAAAAAGUUUUAGGUAAAAGUGGCAGCCGAGUCGGAGCGAACAUGCCCCGAGUUGCUUUUUCACUUCCGGUGGUGACAGGAAGUCAAACCACUGUUGUAGAUCUUUUGUGUUGCUAGUGCGGUCGAGAGUGUCGGCUCUCACUGAGAGAUGACUACAAAAAUGGACGCAUCUGUUCAUCUGGUUGUUUAACACGGCUGAAUAUGAUCAUCCAUUAAUGUUGUUCCUGUUCCCGUUGCUUUUUUCCCGUCCCGUCUUGAUCGCGGGAUUAAUUAAAAAAUGACUCCCAUUCUGCGGGAAUCGCGUGACCCAGGGGAAUUCACAAAAAAUGUCAUCCUCUAGUCCACAGACAGGGCCUGUGUGAUGGUCAUCUAGUGCUUUAGUACCAGGCUGACUAGCAUCUGUAUGGAACCCUAUCUUGUCGGCAUUCUGCUUAUAAUUUAUAGAACUGAACCUUUGAAGCUAACAGUGGUUGUCUCUUUUGUGAGAGGUCCUCUUAUUUGAGGCAGCAGCAUCACAUUUGGUUUUACGUUGUCUUUAGUGUUGGAGAGAAAGCCGUCAACGCCUCUUGCAUUCCUGUUUUAAUGUUCUUGUGUGAUCUUGUGAGAAAAAUGCUGUUUAUGGACAUUAACUGCUCGGUUUAAGUCUUCAUUAUCACCAUAAACUGGUUUGUCAGACUGAUGACAAGUCUGUUGUUAUGAUAAUACUGCUCUUUUUUGGCUGUUUGUGUCCUCUUAAAGCUAUAGCUGUAGCUGGAGUUAAAAUAUAAUGGGCUUUUUGGAGGCACAGCAAAUAUCAGUAAACUAGUAAUUCUCUAACCUUGAUUCUGUGGUGUUUCAGUGGAGGAGGUUGCAGAGAGCGAUGAAGAGAAGAUAACCCGCUUGGAGGCCGUCCUGCUGCAGAACCUCAAAGUGUUCAAACACAGACAGGUGAUCCAUCCUGUGCUGCAGGAGGGUGAGUUCACACAGACACACCAAAACAUCCCCACGGCUGAGUGUGUUUAUUUUGUUCUUUAUUGACGGUGCUGAUGAGUUUAUCUCGGUGAUUCCUUCAUGUCUUAGUGGGCCUGAAGCUGACCUCUCUCGACCAAACAAAGCCCAUUGACCUGCAGUAUCUCGGGGUUCUCCUGCCGCUACCUCAACCCAUAUUCCCGGAGAACAACAGUGCUGCAGCUCCUGGUGGUGAGUUGAACUGAUCGUUGACAGACUACACAUGCUUGUUAGGGGUCUGUUACUGUCCUGGGGCAUUUAACUGGCUGUACUUGGACACGGAAAUGUUUGAUGUUGGUUUUGAGUGGUCUGUUGUAUGUUAUGGGUCUUAGACUGUCCCUGAGCAAAGGUAUCUUAGAGGUUACAGAAAAUGAUCCCAGAUUUGAUUGUAGAAUUGAAGUGAUGUCUUUAAUAUUGGUAAGCCGAGUACUCUAACUAGAGAGACUAACGCUGUUGAUUCUCUUUUCAGAAGAAGGGUUACCCUUUAUCUCACGGACUGGAAAGACAAAUGACAUGACAAAAAUAAAGGGAUGGAGGAACAAGUUUAUGAAAAACAAAGAAACCUCUUCUAACUGUGAAGGUAAGUUAAUGCAGUGCAGUUUUUUUCUCAAAAGUUUUUUUAAUGACCAAAACAUCAGCAGAACAAAACUCCUCAUGUGUAAUUUUCUGCUAUUUCUCCUCCUGAAGGAUCACAGAAAAACCUGUCCGCAUUCUGCAGCGACAUGUUGGACGAGUACCUGGAGAGUGAAGCUCAGUACAUCAGCGAGCGCGCUGCUGCCUUUUCCACAAACCCUGAGGGCUCUGUGUCCUAUCAGCUCCCUGCAGUAAGCUCCAGCUACGUCAAGACCCUGGACAGCAUACUCAAGCACCGAAAUGUUACUUCCAAACCCUCUGGAGAGUCCAGCAGACCUUGCCCACUUUCCCACAAAGCCGUGGACUCCUUUGGUCUGUCGUCCGAAGCUUUCCCUUUUCAAGAAUGGCAGUCUGCAUCUACACCGGAGCUAGCAGGAGCUAUCACGAAAAAGUACGUCUUGUCAUUUGUUUUGUUAUUUUAGGGGUUAAGAAUUAGAAAUAUUUUCAAAGCAAGUCAGGGUGAAGCUAUUAGACAACAUAGUGGGUAAAAAACUAGAGGGUCUGUAUAUUUACAAGACUUGGUAAGCACUUGAUCUGAGUUUGCUCAAAGGUCUUAACAGUUUUGAGUUCUUAUUCCUUGAUGAAAUCUUUAUUUGUUAAAGCAUCCUUUCCCUGUGUCUUGUUUCUUCGCUUCAGGUCCAGGCGGAAACGGGCCGCGAUCUUUGAGCAGAAUGAGGAGAUGACAGUCAGACCUCCAGGUAUCACUAAGAGCCUGGGUAAUCUGAUGCAGCUGGAGCGGAGGGGUCCACGCAAAACACUAUUGGAUCCAGACAGAGUGUCAGUGGCCCUGUCUGCUGUACUCACCGAACAGGUAUGCAGUACAGCAGGGUCUGUGUUCACUUAUAUAAAUUAUGGUUUUAACAGUCACAUUUCACCUAUCCCUCUUUCCUUUCUCUAAAUCAGAUGCACCCCAGUCAGCUCUCUAAGGCGACUGAGUUUCUAAAGUAUGAACCUGAGAGACCUGAAUGUAAUCAGGUCUUUUGCAGACUGGGCUGCGUGUGCGCCAGUCUGCAUCAACUGAACAGAGGUCCCGUCCACUGCCGCCAAUCUGGCUGCAUGUUUGGCUGUAUCUGUAUCAAAAGUAAGAUGACCGCAGAGGAGAGUGAGCAACUAAAUGAUCCUGCUAACAGUAAGAGUUUCAUCACUUUAUGUUUUUUGGAUAUCCAGAGAGAGAGAGAGUGCCGAAUUUCAUUUAAAGAUAGAACUCUGAGGAUGAUGUUACCGGCUUCAAUUUUCAGCCCACUUUGUUCACACACCCAUCGGUAAGACAAAAGUGUUAAUGACUUUGCUUUUAUCUCUCCCUAGCCAUGACUAAUGUGGAGCAUGUGGUCCAGUCUAGCUUGGGCUCCCAUGCUAAAAGACUGUGGAACCGCAACGUUUUUGACGAGGACCCAGAUCCACUCCUAGCUCCAAAAUCUGCUCCCACGCAGUCAGUUAAACUCAAGAAACGUAAUAUGGUACGUCCAGCGCAACAAGUAUAACAACAUUUCUCCAAUUGUGUUUUUUUUUUUUUGCAGUAAUUCUUUUUGAUUUAUGCCUUAUACUCUUCAUAUACAACUUAUCUACCUGUGUUUAAAGGGAUAUUCUGAUGUAAAAUUAAUUUAGGGUCAGACACACUGUAACACUGAAUUAGACACCCGGUCAAGAGAUUAAUGUUAGUAACGACUGCAGAUAGCAAUACUUAGGGCUACGCGCUCAACCAAAACGCCACUCUAUAGCCACAAAUAAUGCUCAGAACAGCACCUAACUUCAUCAACAGUACAUAUAGGGUCCUAGCCACAGCACUAGCCACCAAACAUCUUUUUAGCUUUGCCUCAUUUCUUUAGCAAAGAGACUAAACACAACUCACCUACUCUCUUCCAGCAGCAACUUGUUUGUACGGAGACCUCCAGGCAAGUCCAUGGACUGCAGCGGGGUGUCGCAGCUCAAGGAGGAACAUUCAUGAUCAUUACUUCAUAAUUUCCUUGAAGUAAUAACCACUAAAUGAAUCAUUUUGCACUGCAGACACGGUAGUUCUUCUGCCUUAGUGUCUCAGUCUGAUUGCAUUUCCAUGAAGAAAUGAUCAUAAAUGUUCUUCCUCGAGCUGUGUCACCCCGCUGCAGUCAAUAGACUCGCCUGGAGGUCUCCGUACAAACAAGCGGCUGCUGGAAGAGAGACGGUGAGUUGUGUUUUUCGGCAACAUUCAUCUCUCGACGGGGUGUCUAACUCGGUGUUACGGUGUGUUUGACCCUAACUUAAUUUUACGCCAGAAUAUCCCUUUUUUAUCGACCCACAAAUCUUCCAGAAACUGAGGAUGUUACUCUGUGUUCAGUUUAAAACUCAACUCAAACUUCAAUGAUGACUCUGAUUGCAGAUAAAAGAAGAGGAUAAGGGCCCGGUGUAUAAAUACCUGGAGAGUAUGAUGACAUGUGCUCGUGUGAGAGGCUACAACAGCAAGCCUCCCCCUGAAGUGGCUGUACCCACGACACCUUAUACCUCCACACCAAACACCACUUACAAACCAGAGGAGCCAAACACAGACAAUCUGCUGAACAGGUGCCACAAAUUUGGUCUGAAUGUUAAAGAAGCAGGUAAGGAAGAUGCAGCAAAUACACAGUUUGAAUGAAAACCUCAGUCUGCUUCUUCAAAACAUCUUUUAAAUAUUCUUGGUUGUGUCUUCAAAGCAGAAAAGACCUCUCAGGGAUCGACCUCCAGUGAGCCAGAUGCAAAAAUGACAAUUGAGAUCCAGUCAGCAUGCAAGUGGGAGAAGGACCAAAAUGUAGUCCUCGAAGCUUUGUAUCGACGUAUGACUCAGAAUCGGAUGUCUCGUCGCUUCUGGGUUGGACCUUACCGCAUCCGCCCGCUCGCAAGGAUCUCUUUGCAGAAGCCAAGCGGCUCAGUCGUCACGUACAGGGUAAGAGUCUAAGAGAUGGUGCAUGUGGCAAUAAUAUGACUUUUAUCAUUUUAUAGUAUUCAUUAAUAAAAUGUCCUGUCCCCUUCUAUUUUGUUCUAGAUUCACAUCAGUAAACCACGAAAAGCCAGUGAUAACGAUGAAGACGAGUCUGCUGGUAGUGAUGAGGAGCAUUAUGCCAAUAGAAGCCUUUCAGCAAACGCAGAAGAGGAAGCUGGUCCGGCUGAAAUCACACCGUUUCUCAGUGGAGUGAUACCAGCCGGCAUCCUGAGAGUCAGGACCAAACCUGUGAGCUGCCAAACAAAUGGACUGAUUCAGGUGAGGCUCCAAGAAAUGACAAGUAUCUGUAACACUGGGGUGUAGCCUGAGGGCUGUGCUAUGAGGCAAGGCUGGAGAUUUCAAAUGUUAAAGGUUUGCUGUAGUUCAACCUCGCCAUGGCUAUUGAACAUGUAACCAUACCUGCCAUCAUUUGGGUUACUGUAUUUUGUGUUGGGGUUGCCUUGUAUGUAUGAGAGUAUUUGUAUUUAGAUUGCUUAUCGAAUAAGUGUAAGUGAAGCCGCACACUUUUUUGUUUAUUUUAACAAUAACAAAUUGUAAUAAAAAAAAAAUAAUAAUAAUAGCUACGACAUGCCUUGAACUUAUUUAGUCCACUAGCCUCCUGACUACCAGUAGUUCAAAUUUGUCCUCUGUGGAGGACCAUUGUAAACCUCAAUAUCUCCCACCAACUGCAUACUACUGAAUUAAAAACUGAAUUCCUUACUCAGAAAAAAUGGCUGCCAUCAGUGCAUUCACAUUUUAUGGGAAGAGGAAAAGUACUAAAGCCCCACCCCUUCACAUUUGGUAUCAUUGAAAAAAGGGGGUUUUGGUAGAUAUGCAUGUAACCCACUUUGGAGGUUGUUAGAGUUACAGUAUUGGCUACAAAGAAGAUACCCAUUUUACCCUUUUCUCUCUGGGAGUAUACACAGUAUACAGUCACUGUGUUACUUUCUGUAUACACUGAGCACACUCAGGCUCGAUCUGUAUUCAUAGUGUAACAGGGAUGAUGAUGAUGAUGAUGAUGAUGCAGGAAAUCUGAUUCCCUUUUUGUUGUUUCCUGUUUGCUUCAUGCACUCUUCGAAUUUUACACACAGAGCACCCAAACACAGCAGCUACAGAGCUUUUCUAAUGUUUAUACAGUUUCUAUCACAGCAGAUGCUCAAAAUACAAAGAUGAUGUAUCAAUGAAACCACUUCAGCUUCAUUUUGGUGAUGAUUUAUCUUUUAUUCUUUUACUGAACAGGUAAAUGGCAAAUACUACAACCAAGCCAGACUGCAGCUCGGGAACAUGGGAGCCCUCCAUCCCGCCAACCGCCUCGCAGGAUACCUCACAGGCCGCCUUCACGCACCUGCUGAUAUUUCUAAAACAAGCUCUCAGAAAUCAGAGCCUCCAAAACAAACAACCCCCCUCAGUGGCCUGCACAUUAAGGCAGCGGGUACAGUGGUCCCUCCAGUCAUAACUGCAAGGAAAACCAACGAUCUGAAGACCCCAGUGCAGCCACCAGGUACAAACAUCUCUCCUAUCCCUGCGUUAGCACACACAUCUAAACUUGUAGAAGGAAAAAUAAUCAACUCAAGAACCCUCUGACACAAACAGACCUGCAGCUACUGCAGGGAAUGGAAAUACCACCACCUAAAUAUACCCCUCUUAUAUCAGCAGAGGAAAGCAGGAGCGUUAGUUUUGUACGACUCCUCGUAAUUCUAAAGAGAACACUAAUGGAUGCACAUCUAUUUGUUCACUGCAUGUUAUGUAGAAUCCCUUCUGCUGCAUACUUUCCAGCAGCAAUUUUAAAAGAGAGUGAUCUUCUAAUUGAGUAUUUACGAAGGUAAACUUUGCUUACAGCCUCUUAAAACAUGGGUUUCUGUCUUUUAUUCCCCAGGAUUUAGCUUUACAGUUUCCUAGAUGUGGCAAAAAUUAUGCAUGUUUUCACCUUUUUUGUUUUUUAAGUUUGUCAAGAAAGUCAAGAAGAAACUGGUCAGAGAUUUUUUUGGGAGUUUUCUUUGUAUAAUAGCUGACUCUAGGAGUAUUUAUUCUCAAAACAUAGAGGCAAAAAUCAAUAAAUACUCAGAUACGAAUGUUGAAUGCUGAUUCUGAUCAAAACUUUUGAACUAUCUCAAAGUGAAGUAUUUGUGUUUCUUUCCCUCUUAUUAUCCCAUACAUUUUGUUUUUCAGUCUCUCUACUCAGACCAGAAGAAAUAGGAAUGGAAUCCAACACCAUGCCAAAUAAUUCUCCAAGCUUGACUUCCACCAACUCGGUCCAGAGUUUCAUAGACAAACAGCUCAGCUCAGCCAGCCCGUUCCAGAGCAUCUCUGCGUCCUCGCCUGUCUCUCUCACAGUCUCGCCAUCGCUGAAAACCCCCAGCUUCUUAGCACAGAGAGGAACAUAUUCAUUCAGGAUCUGCCCUCCAGCUAACCAGGGGACUGAAGGCAAAAACUUCCCAGGAGUCCCUCUGCCUGGGGGCUUCACCCUCGUUCAGCUCCCUAAGCCUAAAAGGGAAAGAGCUUCACAGUGGUCUCAAUCCGUCCCACCACAAAGGCCUGGUUUAUCAAACUCUGGUCGCUCAGCACCCGUUCCAGAUGUAAGGUGGCUUGACGUUUUUGCGCGAGCUCAGGAGGUCAUCAAAUCCGCACAGCCUGGAGCCUUCACGAAGCAGAUGUUUGAUGAGAAGAUGCGAUCAGCUGAGAAUGAGAAAGCCAAAGCCUGGAAAAUGGAGUCAAGUUUUGAUGUAAUUUCUGAGGAUCUAAGCUCCGACUUUUCAGACUUGGAAGAAGAAGCUGAUGAGGACGGGGAAGAUGUAAGUUUGAGAAAUAAGUCAUUUUUAUUAAUGGCUAAAAAAUCGAAUAAUUGUUAAUAUUGUAUUAAAACCAAAUCUGCAUGUUUGUUAUUUAGGAGGAUCUGGACAUCGAGACUGUGGAAGAGAUGAAAGAAGGGCUGGCAAUCACUAAAAUGAAAGACGCUGUGCGCAUGGCUUUGCAGGACACAAGGUAAUGCAAGUGAAUAAUUUUUUUUCACUUAAGGAUGUACAAUAUGUUAAUUGUGCAUAUUUAUUUUCUUGCUUUAAAUAAAAGAGUUAGAACUUUAGCCCUUCAUGUUUUCUCUCUUUUCUGCAGAGAUUCCUGCGAGGGGUUUGGAUUAAUUAGCACACUGGCUAAGGUAAGCAUGUCUGGCUAAGUCUUUGUCCUUGGAUUUAUGAGACAUUAUCUGUUUGGAGAGUCCACUGUGGUGUUGUGGUUUUUUUCCUUAUUUUUAUUUGAUAUCAUCUCCUCUGUCUCUCAAUUUCAGAGUCAACUGGAGGAGCAAAUUGAUGCCAUGUCUAGUCAUUCAAAACUCGGUAAACAGAAAAUGUUAGAGAGGCAAAGGCGCAAAGAGCUGCGGUGUCUCUUCGACAAACUCCAGAACAUUCUCCCGAGUGACCCCAAAGCCCCAAGGCUCCGUGUCCUCUCAAUGGUAAGUUCAGCAUCCUCAUCAGCAAAGCUUUUCCCUUAGUUAAGAUCGUCCACGACACAACAAACAACUGUAAAAACUGAGACUAAGGAUAACAACUUCACUUCACUACUUCACUACAGGCGGUCGAAGAAGUCCAGAGCCUGGUGGAGACCUCUAAAUGUCUGGAGGAGCAGAAGCGGAAGCUGAUACAGGAGCAGUCGUCCUAUUUUAAAGAGCUCUGUACUUUGUUUGGUGGGCCCUGCUUCUGCUGUCAAACUUAAAUUGAUUUAGAUUUCUUUUUUUUAUUGCAUUGUUAACACAACACUUAUAGAUCAGAGCAAGUCCACGUGUUUUAGAUUUAAUGGAAAAGGAAAAAUAAACCCCUAUCUGUUGUGUCUCCUCCAGGGAAAACAGAUGAACUGAUUGAUCACAGGCUGAACAUGAUCAAUGAGAUGCAAAAAACACAAGAGAAGACCAAUAACUUCAGACCCUUUUUCUCGCAACUGCUCUUGUCCAGAGCUGCUCUACUAGAGGCCGGGUCCAAGCAGCCAGAUACACAGCCCGACUCACCCAACGAUGAGUCUCCUGAACUUCACCCUCUUGUGGCUGCAGCGCUGAACACUGUAAAGGAGAACCCCAAACCCAAACCUCCCCUCGCACCCCUAGCAGUGUUCUCUGGAGCGCAGCUCAAUUUCAAUGCAGCCCCACCACAGAAGGAAAAGCAGCCAGAGGACUUGGAGGCCCCUGAGAAAGAUCUACAGAUUCAGGUGAAGGAGACUGUAGAGCAGCAGGAGACAGAAGUCAGCACUCCAAAAUCCCAGACAGAAUCCCAGCCUCAACUACCAGCAGUUGCAGCUACCUUUCAGGACACUACAGCCGAGGUGGCAGCCCCAUCUGAGUCAUUAUCUGAGGAAUCCAAAGAGCUUCCUGCUUGCUUUCAAAAGCCCGUUCCUCUGCCCCUGAUCCGCUCCAAGACUGGCAGAAUUAUACUUCCUGCAUCCCUUAAACCACGUAAGUGUAAACAUCAUGAUUUCACACAUGCUUCAAACUUCCUCAAAAUUGCUUUCUCACAUCUUUGAUUUCUUCUCUUCUCACAGUUGGUAAAGGCUACUACACAUUGACGUUUAUGAAACCCAGCGAGAAAAAGCCUGUAGAUGGGCUUUCUGUUGUUGACCCAUCCAAAAGCAAAGACAAGAGUUUACCUGGAUCCAACCAUUCAGAUUCAAAAAGUACACCAAUUCCUGACAGCCCCCAACCUCUAAAACUUCCAGCAAAGCCUCCAAGUCUCCCAUCUCCUGAAGUUGACCUAUCCAAAAACGAAGAAAAGAGCUUACCUGGAUCCAACAAUUCAGAUGUGAGAAGUACUACAAGUUCUGACAGCCCUCGACCUCCGAAACUUCAAGCAAAGCCUUCAAGUCUUCUAUCUACCAAAGUUGCCUCAUCCCAAAACAAAGACAAGAGCUUACCUGGAUCCAAACUUUCAAAUGCAAGAAGUGCUCCAAUUCCUUACAGCGUCCAACCCCGGAAACUUGAACCAAAGCCUUCAAGUCUUCCAUUUCUCAUAGUUGACCAGUCCGCAAACAAAGACAAGAGCUUACCUGGGUCCAAUCAUUCAGAUUCAAUAAGCACUCCAGUUCCUAACACUCCCCGACCCCCGAGACUUCAAGCAAUGCCCUCAAGUCUUCUGUCUUCUAUAGUUGACUCAUUCCCAACCAAAGACAAGAGCUUACCUGGGUCCAAUCAUUCAGAUUCAAUAAGUAGUUCAGUUUCUGACAGCCCCCAACCCCCGAGACUUCAAGCAAUGCCCCCAAGUCUUCUAUCUCCUAUAGUUGACUUAUCCCAGACCAAAGACAAGAGCUUACCUGGAUUCAACCAUUCAGGUUCUCCACUUUCUGACAGCCCUCGACCCCCAAAACUUCAGGCAAAGCCUUCAACCCCUGUUACCAACUCAUCCCAAACCAAAGACAAGAGCUUAUCGAGACCUAACCUUUCAGAUUUUAGAGGGACUCAAAUUUUUGACAACGCCCAAACCUUGAAAUCUCAACCAAUGCCUCCAAGUUUCUCAUCUCCUCUGGUCCUUCUCAACAAAGCAAGUCUAGUGCCUUUUGUGGCUCUGCAAGCAGUUAAGGAGACAAGCUCCACAGCAACUGUAACAGAAACACAGGGAGCUGCUUGCUUGAUUUUCAACGCGGUGCCCACGACUCCUACAACGCCUGACCCUGACCCACCUGUAAUCCGCCGUGGCAGAGGAAGACCCCGUAAAUACCCUCGUCCUGAAACGUUGCAAUCACCUCUACCCUGUAAAAUUGAAAACCCUACAGUGGUUGUGGAGAUAAAAACAGAAGACCAGGCUGUGGAGGUGACAAGAAAACUAGCUGUGAGCACUCCCCCACCAGCCAAACGGGGCAGGGGAAGGCCGCGUAAGGAUAAAUCCUUAAAAAUGUGGAGACCUUCAGGUUGUCGAACGAAGCCUUGUCCCUCUCCUAAAUCUGAAGAGGAAAGUUCUGACUGGUCCUCUAACAGUUUUCGAAGAUCAGGCGGUCAAUAUGAGGCAGACACCCCUCUCAUGGUAGUUAAGAGCGAAUCCAGGCCUUUGACCCGUGGUGCUUUGGGGAAGGACUUCCCUAGCGCAAAAAAGCGCUCGUGGAUAGACGUUGAGAAAGAACUGGAACAAGAGUUUGAGUUCGAAUAG